GGUGAUGCGGGACUUACGCUCAUCAACCGCGUGCAUCAUCUUCAUUCACCCUAAUGGUUGCGUACUCUCUGCCAUAGUGACCCUUAUUUUUUGAAAUCUAGGUGACCAUGACAACGGAAAAAAGGGAAAAUAUACUCAUGUGACAUUUGCGUAGAGUGACAAAAGUAGUAUAAAUAUGGACAUGAAGAAGAACGAAAUGUUUUCCGAAAAGAAUCAGCAACAGAACGAGGAUGUUGACAAUAUGGCUUCCCAACGGGAAGAUCAGCAUAAGAAUGAUAAUAUUGAUAAUGCGGACGAAGGUGACGUCGGAUUAGAUGGAAUCCACAAGAAACUAUUUUUUAUUCAAAUGCAAAGAAUGGACGAAUCAGUAAAAUUGUGGAGAAAUACUCAGGAAAAAGAGAUAAAUGCAUCAAGUGGUUGUUACUUCAAUGAUGGCGUCAGAAUAAUGGAUUUCGUUCUAGUCGUAGACACAAAAGUAUUGGACGAUGCCGAAAAGGUAGAAAUAUUGCAAGAAUAUAUAAGUGGACUUAUGCUUUACGGUUGCGAAUUUGAAGACGAUAGAGGACAGAUCCAUACAAAUCUCAUGUUUAUUAAAGUCCAUUGUCCUACACCAGUAUUGCUGACGGUUGCUCAAAUUUACAACUGUACUAUGACUUUUCGGAAUCCUCAUUUUGGAAUACGACGAUACGGCAUCAUCAUUAAUAAACCCAUACAACAAAUAACAAACUAUAGCAGUUAUAAGGAAAUAAAACAACUAGCGUUUAACUACGGAGAUAGAAAACCCGAUGGUAUCGUAAUUUGGGAGAGAUCCUAUAUUGUAUAUAAAAUUCUAGCAAAAGAAUUCGUUAAAGAUAAAUCGUACGAUUUAGAUGAUAUGCUUAACAAGAAACUUAUAAAAGAUGCUUUUCCAAUUCAUCACGGCAAAUGGGAAUGGUCCGGAGGUGGUAUUAUUAAUGACAGACAGCUCCUGGAUAGAAUUUAUUCGAAGAUUACAUGCAGUUCAAAACAACCGGUGAACCUCAUUUUCAAAUAUUACGGUCCUGAAGUUGCUUUCUAUUUCGCAUUUUAUAAUUUGUAUAUCAAAAUGUUACGAAUUGCUGGACUCGCUGGCUUAGUAUGUACCCUAAUUAGCAUCCCUUACUGUUACAUUAUCGAUUCUUCUUUAUUGAACGAAGUUUGUAAUUCGCAAAGAAUUAUGUGUCCUCUCACUUGCGAUAUUCGCUCAAAUUGUGAAUAUUUCAAAAUGAAAGACAGAUGUUUUGAGGCUUACGUUACAGUUCUUUCCGAUAAUUUACUUAAUGUCAUUUUUGCCAUGUUUAUGUCUAUUUGGGCAACCGUCUUUUUGGCAUUAUGGAGAAGAAAACAAUCUGAACUAAUGAUUAGGUGGAUGAACUUCUACAGCUUCAAUAAUAUUGUUUACAGAAAGGAAUAUAUGAAGCAAACUAAAAAUCGAAGAAUAUGGCAUUAUACGGGAGAAUGGGAACCUUACACUCCAUUGGCAUCUUUAUUUGCACGUUAUGGGCUUGUUGGAGUUGUUUUUAUUGCUGUGGUAAUGUUAUUCUUUGGUACCCUUAUUGCCAAUAUGUACAUUAGAUUAGCAAUACAAAACGCAAAAUUCGAACGCAUGCCUCAGACAGUCGGAUUCUUGAUGAUUUUUGUAACCGCUGUGAUUUCUGCAACACUUAUGAUAAUUUAUGACGUUUUGUGCAAAAAAGCUGCAGACUUUAUGACUUGGGUCGAGAGGCCGAGAACUAAACAAGAAUAUGACAAAUCGUUUAUCACAAAGACGUAUGUUCUGGAAUUUGUAAAUAAUUACCUACCCCUCUUGUACAUUGGAUUUAUUCAGGGACGAAUUUUCGUACGUCCAGGAACUCCUACAAAGUAUACAAUUAUAAGAAGAAUGGAAGGACAAGCCUGUUUUGCAUCAGGAUGUGUAAUGAAACUAUGCGUACAAUUGGCGAUUCAACUGAUUGUAAAAUCGUUCAUAAAACUUAUUAUAAAUUUGGUAAUAAUGCUCUUUCAAGAACGCAGGAGGCGAAAAAAAUUAAAUAUUCCAGUUGGGCAAUACGAAGACGAUUACACUUUAAAAAAAAUGAUAAGACACCAUUUGCUACCAGGGUACAUGUCAAUAGCUUUGCAAUAUGGUUAUGCAACAUUCUUUGUAACAGUCUUUCCCUUGGCGCCCUUUUUGGCAUAUCUAUUUAACCUGGUGGACAUCAAGUUGCAAGCGCGCAAACGAAUUAGAUAUUUAAGAAGACCAAUACCUAGAAGGACUGUCGGAAUAGAAACAUGGAAUGAAAUUUUCACGGCUGUCACUCUACUAGCAACAGUUCUUAACGCAUUAACAAUUGCAUUUACAUCAGAUUUUGUGUCGAAAACAUAUUACAGAAUUUCUCACAAGAACAAUUUAGAGGGAUACCUCGAUUCAACACUAACUGAAUUUGAUACAAACGAUUUCUCCAUGAAAUCGCCGUCCAUGAUUGAGGAAGAUGUUGAAACUUGUUGGAUAAAAGCUCGUCGUUAUCAUUAUCAUCAAGAAGACAAAUACGCUUACAGUAAGGCACAUUGGAAAGAUGUUGCUCUUCGAUUUUCUUUUGUAAUUGUAUUCGAACAUUUACUUUUAAUAUUUACUGGUACUCUGGGGGACGCAAUACCGUCAAUUCCGUAUAAUAUAAAGAAAGAAGUAGCACAUGAAGAACAUGGAGAGAUAAACCGUAAAACGAAACUUACUAAAACUCAAAUGAAAAAGAAUAAAGACGUUUAUACAAUAAUCAAACCUAAAAAUACUGUUACCGAAGUAAACGAAAUUGUUUGAUGGGUUAACUUUCCUAAGAUGACGAUUGUUGAU